GAAAUGCGAAGGCACCGUCUUUAGUGACCCAUAUUGCAAAACCCACAAAAGGAAGUUGUGUUUUGCUGCAGCCUGAAGUCAGCCCCGGGCAGAAGCGCGGCCUCCCGGGACGGCAGGACCCCUGUGUCAAACCUGCUGGACAGGAAGGACAUUUUCAGCCAACCUCCCAGCCCCGCUCAUGCUCACGGCCUGAGGCAGCCAACCCAGACCCCGAGCACGGCCGGCAGGGAGCCAAGAGCAGAGCCCUCCCUGGAGACCUGGGCGUCAGGCAGCCCCCCGGCCAGCUCCCCACGGAGCUCAGGCACCUUAGCUGUGAGGAUGGAGUCAGGAGGGGGCUCCUCAACAGCCCAGGCCCCCAUCGCUGCCCUGGGGGAGCCAGACUCUGGGCCUGGCUACUCCUCCCUGGAGCUCCCGAGGGCAGACCCAGGGAAGCUGCAAGCACUGCCACUCGGGCCUAGAGCCCACGGCAAGGACCCCGACCCUAGGAGCCCUGGCAGCCCAGCUGCUGCAGGGAAUGGCCCCCCAGACACGGGCCCUUUGAGGGAGCUGAAUGGUGCUGCUAAGCUCCCCAACCGGGACAGCGGGAUCGACAGUCCAUCCUGCAGCAUGGCUAGUGACCAGUUCCCCUGUGAGGAGGGCGGCGAGGCUGGCCGGGGCCCCGGAGUCCCGGGACCGCACCUGGACGCAGCCCCAGAAGGCAAGGUCCUGCAGGAGGCAGCCGAUAGCGACGUGGGCGAAGGUAGCGGUGAGGAGCCUGACCCCGAGAACUGCCCCCCUGGGGCCCCUGCGGACCCGGCCAAGUGCUCCGAGCCCCAGAAGCUGCUCCACAUCGCCCAGGAACUCCUGCACACCGAGGAGACCUACGUGCAGCGGCUGCACCUGCUAGACCAGGUUUUCUGCACCCAGCUGACAGAAGCAGGCAUCCCUUCGGAGGUCACCACAGGCAUCUUCUCCAACAUCUCCUCCAUCUAUCGCUUCCAUGGGCACUUCCUUCUCCCCGAGCUGCAGACGCGGAUCACACAGGAGUGGGACACAAAACCCCGGCUCGGGGACAUCCUGCAGAAGCUGGCCCCAUUCCUCAAGAUGUACGGCGAGUAUGUCAAGAACUUUGACCGGGCCGCGGAGCUGGUGAGCACCUGGACCCAGCGCUCGCCGGUGUUCAAGGACAUUGUCCAUGGCAUCCAGAAGCAGGAGGUGUGCGGGAACCUGACGCUGCAGCACCACAUGCUGGAGCCCGUUCAGAGGGUCCCACGCUACGAGUUGCUGCUCAAGGACUAUCUGAAGAGGCUCCCAGGAGACGCCCCCGACCGGAAGGAUGCGGAAAGGUCCUUGGAGCUCAUCUCCACCGCUGCCAACCACUCCAAUGCCGCCAUUCGGAAAAUGGAGAAAAUGCACAAGCUCCUGGAGGUGUACGAGCGACUGGGUGGGGAGGAGGACAUCGUCAACCCCGCCAACGAGCUGAUCAAGGAGGGCCCCAUCCAGAAGCUGUCGGCCAAGAACGGCACGGCGCAGGACCGCCACCUCUUCCUGUUCAACAGCAUGAUCCUUUACUGUGUGCCCAAACUGCGGCUCAUGGGCCAGAAGUUCAGUGUCCGGGAGAAAAUGGACAUUUCGGGCCUCCAGGUGCAGGAUAUCGUCAAGCCAAAUGCAGCCCACACGUUCAUCAUAACGGGAAGGAGACGGUCCCUGGAGCUGCAGACUCGGACGGAAGAGGAGAAAAAAGAAUGGAUUCAGGUCAUCGAGGCCACCAUCGAGAGGCACAGGCAGAACAGCCAGACCUUCAAGGCCUUCAGUGGCUCCUUCAGCCAGGACGAGGACCCCUCCCUCGCUCCAGAUUCCCCUGUGGUGGGCACCAGCUUGGAGGAGCCUGCGGUGGUAGCCAGCGGUGGAGGGGGUACUGCAGGGCUCGAGCCCAGGAGAGGGUCCGCUAAGACCAGGCGCGACAAGGAGAAGCAGGGCUGCAGGAGCUGUGGCGAGACCUUCAACUCCAUCACCAAGAGGAAGCAUCGGUGCAAGCUGUGUGGGGCGGUCAUUUGUGGGAAGUGCUCCGAGUUCAAGGCUGAGAAUGGCAGGCAGAGCCGCGUCUGCCGAGAGUGUUUCCUGACGCAGCAGGCGGUACCUGAGAGCCCCAGCCCUGAGGCGGCAGCCGAGGGGCCCAAGCACAGCACGGAGAAGCCAGUGGCUGUGGACCACCAGCCCAGCCUGCUCUGCAGCUCCCUGCAGGUGUCCGAUAACGGUGUGGCCUGGAGCGAGGUGUGGGCCACCAUCCCGGCAUCAGACCCCCUGGAGCUGGUGCUGCACCUGCAGGGAGACAGCCAGGACGGCUGGCCGCCACGCACCAUCCCCCUCUCUGGCUGCAUGGUGAGCGUGUUGGACCCCGUGGAGGGGCCGGACACCAGGCAUGUGUGGCAGCUACAGCAGGCCCAGCGGUCCUUGUACCUGAGCGCCCUGUCAGCGGACCUGCGGCAGCACUGGCUGGACGCCCUGAGCGCGGCUGCCCGCGGGGACCCGGGCCUGGCGGCCCCGUGAGCAGAGCCUCGGCCAGGUGUCCCAGCUCUGCGGCCCCCACAGCAGGGCCUGUGCCCACCCGGCAGGUGGUGUCGGAGGCUUUGUGCUGGCGUGCGGAGCUCCCAGACUGCUGGGGGCGGACAGGCCACAGGGCACUUGACCCUGGAGGGACCUCCCUGAAGCAGAGGAACAGGCCCACGCACCCAGCAUGUGUCCACGAAGAGCCCCAGUAGCGUGGCCUGGAGCAGGGUGCAGACGGACUGUCCAGUGCGGGGCAGCCAGCUCCGGAAGGCAGAAGGAGUGUCCUGGGGGUGCCCGGGGACCCUGGUGGAGGUCUGCAGCCAUGCUUUUCCUCCCUGCCGCCCGCCUCAUGCCAUCUGUACCACGUGAGCUGAACUGUGACUGGCCCCGGACCCCACCUCCCUCCUCUGCCAGCUCCUGGUCCCACAGCCCGCCUCCCUGUUCGGAGGGGCCGGUGGUCGCCAGGGGCAUCCCUGACCUCCCUGAGAAACUCCGCGGAGGCCAGCAGAGGCCUGCCCCUGCGUCACGUGGGGGCGGAGAUCUGUGUCUGUGUCCCUGGCCCGCCGCGAGCGGUGCUGGUCUGCAAAAAUAAAUGCUGGGACCCAGCAGCUGGGCACAGCCUCAGGGCAGGGCCCCAAGGUGGACCGGCCGGUGGUCAGG